AUGCCAAAGGAAAGGAGUAUCACCAAGAGAGAUGAAAUGCCACUAAACCCAAUUCUGGAAGUUGAGAUCUUUGAUGUAUGGGGAAUAGACUUCAUGGGACCUUUCAAGCCUUCCUCAAACGGGCACAACUACAUUCUGGUUGCUGUGGACUAUGUGUCCAAAUGGAUUGAAGCCAUCCCCUGCCCAGCCUGUGAUGCUAAGGUUGUUAUCAAACUGUUCAGAACCAUCAUCUUUCCAAGAUAUGGCAUCCCAAGGGUUGUUAUUUCGGAUGGAGGUUCCCAUUUCAUCAACAAGGUGUUUGAGAAGUUGAUGAAGAGUUAUGGAGUCAAGCACAAGGUCGCUACACCUUACCAUCCUCAAACCAGUGGGCAAGUUGAGGUCUCCAAUAGGCAGAUAAAGGCCAUUCUUGAGAAGACAGUGAGCUUCACUAGGAAGGAUUGGUCAACAAGACUUGAUGAAGCUCUUUGGGCCUUAUAG